UUUAGUGUUGAUAUUGUUAAGCAGCAUGUCUACUUUAGGCCCAUGGCCCAUAUUCCUCUCUGUACAUAUACACAUCCAGACUCUUUCUUCAGUGUCUUUGGUCAUCUUCCUCCACGGUAACAUGGAAUCAGAGCAGGUUAGGUUAGGGUUCGGAUAGCCCACCCGAUCUACUGUUCAGCUCCGCCGCCGGUCGUCCGGCGGCCGUCUGCUGUCCGCUGGCGCGGAUCCAGUCGCUGCGGGCCGCCGGGUGCUCGUUUUGGCUGCUGCAUUUGUCCAUCCGCCCGAUCGCCGUCGCCUGUCCGCCCCGUCGUGCACCUUCUUCCAGCUUCCAUCCGUGCGCAUCCCGGCGGAUCCACUCGUCCCACUGUGGCCCGUCGCGGCCUCCUUGCGGGGUCUCCACCGCCGCCGGCCUCUCCGCAUCGCACUGUCGCGGCCGUUUGCCGCCCGUCGUGCGCGGUCCUCUGCUGCCAGUCGCGGACGUCCUCUACUGCUCGUCCGCCCGUCCGCCCGUUGUUGCUUCCCUCCGCCGCCAGUUGCUACGCCCCUCUACCGGUUGCUGCUGCUCUGUUUUGGGAAAAAAGGGGGGUUGUGCGGCUCCUCUGUUCUGCACUGCGCCGUCCGUCACUCGUCCUCGCGCACUAGAAGGGGGUGGUGAGCGGCUACCGUGCUGCUCUAUUCUGGCUGCUCCGGCCUGAUUGCUGCUUCUGUUGGCUUGAGAGGCUCCGUCUGCUGGCUGGUGAUAUUUCUGCUCUCAUCUCUUGCAAUCUUCACCAUGGCUCAGAUCAGUCCCAUUGUUAUUAAUAUCACUCUUGAUGGUUCCAAUUAUCCGGAGUGGUCUUUUUGUGUUGAAACUACUCUGAGAGGUCGUGGUCUUUACUCCCACCUCACUGAUGAUCCACCUAAGUCUGAUGGCAAUAAUGCUAGUAUUAUCACCACAUGGAAAAUAAAUGAUGGGAAGGUGAUGGCUGCCAUGGUUAAUAGCAUUAAACAGUCCAUGAUUAUGAGUCUCAAAGUUUAAAAUAGCUAAGCAAAUAUGGUCUGCUCUAAAGCAGCGUUAUGUUCAGGACAGUGGUGCUCUUCUCCAUAAUCUCAUGCAGCAAAUUCAUGUCAUUGAGCAAGGUGAUAUGUCUAUUGAUGACUAUUAUUCUGCUUAUGACCGUUUGAUGGGUUCAUUGACUUCCAUGGUGAAUGAGUGCACAGCAGCUGACUGCCCAGCCCACAAAUUCAUUGAAAGAUUUCUGACAUAUCGUUUUGUCAUGGGAGUGAAGCCAGAAUUUGAUUCCAUUCGUACUCGGCUGCUUCAUAAUUCAUCUACUUUAACCAUGGACCAAGCCUUGGCUGAAUUACUUGCUGAAGAGGCACGCCUGCAGUCUAUGUCUUCUUUAUCCACUGUGACAAUGCCCCAUAGUGUGCUGGCAGCCUCUCAGCGGAUCACUGCACCUAGGGGUACAUCUUCAGAGCCAUGUAAGCAUUGUGGCAAGACUACUCAUCUAUCGGCAAAUUGUUUUUCUGCAUAUCCUGAGAAGCUAGCUGAGUAUUGUGCCCGUCGAGCUUCUCGUGCUGCUCGUGGCCGUGGUACCUCUUUUACUACUCGAGAUGGUCCUGUUAGCCGAGGUACCUCUUCUACUGCUCGAGAUGGUUCUGUCUCUGUUGCUGCUGCUUCAUCUGUUGAUGCCUCUCAGCCGGCUUGGGUUCUUGAUUCCGGGGCCUCCUUUCACGUGACAUCUGAUCAGUCUCAGUUGGUUACUUGCAAGCCAAUCACUGACGGUGCCUCUAUUCAGACAGCUGAUGGAUCGUCAAAGCGCGAUUGUGAUUGGGACUGGCCAUCGUCGUAGAGGUGCUUCUAGCCUCUACAUUUUGGACACCUUGCGUCUUCCUUCUUCCGAUGCUCGUGUGUCAUCUGUUUCAUCAUCAUCUCCAUCAUCCUUCACGAAGUGGCAUCAUCGACUUGGUCACCUCUGCGGGUCUCGCUUGUCCACAUUAGUACAUCAGGGCUAUUUAGGUCAUACAUAUGUCGAGUCUAACUUUCAUUGUAAGGGUUGUAAGCUUGGAAAACAGAUUCAACUUCCCUAUCCUUCUAGUGUCUCUCACUCUGCUAAACCCUUUGAUCUUAUUCACUCAGAUGUAUGGGGCCCAGCUCCUUUUGCUACUAAAGGUGGCCAUAAAUAUUAUGUUAUCUUCGUUGAUGAUCACUCUCGAUACACUUGGCUCUACUUUAUGAAA